CCUGUGUCCCACAGCACCGGGGUGAUCCUUGUGUCCCACAGCACCGAGGUGAUCCCUGUGUCCCACAACACUGGGGUGAUCCCUGUGUCCCACAGCACCGGGGUGAUCCUUGUGUCCCACAGCACCGGGGUGAUCCCUGUGUCCCACAGCACCGAGGUGAUCCCUGUGUCCCACAGCACCGAGGUGAUCCCUGUGUCCCACAGCACCGAGGUGAUCCCUGUGUCCCACAGCACCGAGGUGAUCCCUGUGUCCCACAGCACCGAGGUGAUCCCUGUAUCCCACAGCACUGGGGUGACCUCUGUGUCCCAUAGCUCUUCCAGUUACUCCCCCCCAGGCGCUGAGGUGAUCCUGGUGUCCCAGAGCCCUUCCAGCGACUCCCACCAGGACGCCGAGGACACUGAGGUGAUCCCUGAGGUGAUCCCGGUGUCCCCGAGCCCUCCCAGUGCCUCCCCCCAGGAGCAGCAGGGCCGUCCCCAGCUCAGAUCCCCGCGUGCCGCUCCCGACCCCAAACACCAGCGGCCUGGAAGACGAGCCGCCUUCACCGGGGGGGCGGCGCCCAACCAGACCCUUCCCGCCGCGGGAAAACCGGGAUUCAACGGCUCCGCCACCGCCGCCGCUCCCAGGGAGAGAACCUCCGGAAUUCCCAACCAGAGCGGCGUGAGGCUGGGAUGGGCCGGGGAGAGGCAGCGCUGCGCCGUGGCCCUGGAUCACUCCUACGCCGUGGUGGACCCACUGGAGCUGCGCCGGAGAGGCACCAAUCCCCCGGGAACGAAUCCCCCAGGAACGCCCACCUCCAGAUCGGCCCCCGCCCAGAACGGCACCGGGAGAGCCCGGGCGGGCCCGCUGGUGGGGAAGGUGCUGCCGUUCCGGCGCCAGCCCGGCGGGUCCCGCCCGCCCUGGGUCCCCGAGGGCGCGAGCUGCAGGACGGGCUCAGCCCGGGACAAGGAGGACUUCGCCAAGUGCCACACGGUGAAGGUGCGGGGCAAGUCCCUGAAGGUGACGCUCCAGUGGGACGGGCACUACGCCCACAACCUGGACACCCGCUACACCAACAACAUCCUGGAGAGAUCCGUCAUCCGCGCCCUGCACGGGCCCUGGGACUGCAGCCUCCCCGAGACCGUGGAGGACAUGAAGCUGAUCCUGCACACGUGGGUGGCCCUGUUCUACAGGAGGCCCUCGGCGCAGCUCAACAGCUCGCGGAAGGUGGUGGAGCACCGCGACCCCAAGAAGUACGUCCUGCUCAACAGCUCCCAGCGCUUCUGGGACCUCAGCGACGACGACCUCGAGCCCCACGGCCGCAAGACGUGCCCGGCCGACUCCAGGUCCGACCCCGACCAGACUCCCAGCAGCUCCGUGGAUCCCGGCGCUCCCAGAAAAGGGUCUUCCCGCCGGGAGAAGGGCCGGCCGCGCUUGCGGAGUGACGCCAACGGCGCUGCCGGAGGUGUGGACAGCACGGUGUCCUCCUCCUCCGGGGAGCUGCCCGGCGAGGAGGAGGAGCCUUCCUCCACCAGCUGUCCGGAGAGCAUUCCCGAGGAGAGCCUGGAUGAGGGAGAGGGGCAACCGGGAAUCCCCGAGGAGAGCCUGGAUGAGGGAGAGGGGCAACCGGGAAUCCCCGAGGACGUCUCGAGCGUCACCGCGGAGGAGCCGCCGGAUGCCACGAUCACCCCCGGCCCUUCCGAGGAGCCGGGACGUGCCAGCGAGCGCCCGGCUGUGCCAGGCAUGGAAAACUCCCGCAGCCCGGCCCCCAAUUCCAGUGCAGCUCCGUGCACAGACAGCCAGGAUGGAAUUCCAGGAGACGGGGAGCAGCAGGAGAGCGAGCGGGAGGCAGGAGCAGGGCGUGGUUCUCCCAGGGAUUCGGAGAGCGCGGGAGAUGCCGGACGCGGCACGGAGGUUGAGGACAGCAGGGACAGCAGCCGGGCCACCGGUGAUCCACGGGAUUCCAUGCCCUUGGAAGCGAGUCCUGGAAGUGCCAGCCAUCCGCGAUGUGCCCGCGAUUCCGUGCCCUUGGAAGCGAGUCCCUGGAGUGCACAUCUUGCCGGAGCCAGCGAGGAAGGGCUGGAAUCACAAGACCCCUUCGGACACCUGGAGAAAGAGGAGGGAGAGUUGGAGGAGGACAAGGAGGAGAACGAGGAGGACUUUGAGGAAGUCCUGGGGUCUGUGGAUUUGGUGUUGUCCGAGAGCAGCGACACCGAGAUGGAGAGUGAGCACAGCGACCAGAAAACAGGGAAUUCCCCACUUCCAGAGGACUUCGGUGCUCCCGGAGAGGACUCUGUGCCCAGCCCCUCCUCCUUGGCAUUGCCCUGCUUGGGCAGCUCCACACUGGUGAUGUCUGACGGGACUUGGACUGGGAAUUGGAGUGGGAUUGACUCUCCAGGGCUUCCUGGGGAGAGGGCACCGGGUGUGGAUGAGCCCCCAGAGCCCUGGGAUGCUCCGGCCACUCCGUGUUCGGAGGCAGAUGGUGUUGGUGUGGCCAGUCCAGCCCAUGUGGGGUCACCCUGGGACAGUGGGGAGAUGAUCCCACCCGAUCCAGGCCUUUUCCAUGGGGCACAGCCAGACAGUGUUACAGGCAGCCCAGAACCUGCUGGAGAGACACUGGGGAAUGACUUGGAGCAGAAAGACAGGGAUCAUGUUACUGCUGAAGAAAAGUGGGAAUCUUCAGAUGUGGGGUCACCCCGUGACAGUGGAGAGACGUUCCCACCUGAUCCAGGCCUUUUCCAUGAGGCACAGCCAGUCUGUGGAGCUGCUGGAGAGACGCUUGGGAAUGACUUGGAGCAGAAAGACAGGGAUCACGUGCCCGCUGAAGAAAGGUGGGAAUCUUCGGAUGUGGGGUCACCCCAUGGCAGUGGAGAGACGUUCCCACCUGAUCCCGGCCUUUUCUAUGGAGCACAGCCAGACAGUGUUACAGGCAGCUCUGGAGCUGCUGGAGAGACGCUCGGGAAUGACUUGGAGCAGAAGGACGGGGAUCACGUGCCCGCUGCCGGGAACAGGGAUGGCCUGGAGUCCCCACACAGCCAGGGACUGGCACUACCCUUGUCCCCUCACUCCAACUCUGCCUGCCGGAUGUCUCCCGAUGGAUCCAUCGAUCCCAGAGCUGCUCCAGAGGACCAGGAGACCACGGCAGGCUUCCCGUCGCCGUCACGGCGCGACCUGGGCGGGAGCAGCCGCUUUUCCUGGGAACAGGGAGAUGAUGUCGGUGCUGAUCCUGGGGAGCCAAACCAGGAAAGGAGCGAGGUUUUGGGGGAAGAAGAGCCUGGCAGCCCUUGUUCCAACGGCACAGGAGUGCCGGAUGAUUCCAUGGGAGCAGGUGGUGGCCAGGACUUCCCCUUGGACUACAGAGCCGCGGGAGGUGAUCCCGGGGCUGGGGAGGGUGAGGAUGUGUGUCCUGGUGCAGAGAAUUCCCCCAGGAGUGACAGAACGGACACGGAGAUGGUGGGUGACACUCCACAGGAGCCAGAGAUGCCUCUCCAUUCCCCCCUGGAGUCAGAGCCCUCCUCCUUGGAGAGGGAAGGGAUGUCAGCCGUGGAGGAGCUCCCCGGGCAGCGGCGGAGCUUCCCACACAGCCCCUCCCCAUCCAGCCCUGGAUACUCAGCUCCUGCUUCUCCUGCUUAUCAGGAAGACACAGAACCCCCCAGCUCGGAGCAGAGCCCGUGGGAGCCAGCCCUGGGCCAGCCCUGGAAUUCCUGGGAGGAAGGAGGCACUCCAGAGGGGAGUGUGGGUGCCUGGAGCCUGGAGGGCUCCAUAAAUCCCAGAUGUUCCGGAGGGGUGAUAAGAUACCCUGCUCCGCGCCCCGUGGGGCGGGCACGGGGCUCCCCUGUGGAUGUGCUUCCAAGGGAGCCAAGAUCCAGGUCUCCUCCUCCACACAGUCUCCAGGAUGGUCUCCACGGUGCCGAGCCAGGCUCAGUCCUGGAUGUGUGUCCCAGGAUGGUCCCUCCCGGCACGGAUCCGGCUCCGGACGAUGCCUCGUGGCCCUGCUCCCCCUGUGCCAGCCCCGGGAGCCAAAGGGAGGAGCCCAUCCCGCCUGAGGACUGGGAAAGAAGAAGCAUCCCUGUUUCCAGUGCUCCAUCUUCUCCAGAGGGGAAUUUGCUCGAUCCGUGGCACGAGCCCCACUCUGCUUGGGAUGACAGCGGAUCCGAGGAAUUCCCUGAUCCCGGGGAUGAGGAAUCCGAGGCAUUCCCUGAUCCACACCGUGCCAGCAGGGACAUGGGAUCCGAGGCAUUCCCUGAUCCGCACCGUGCCAGCGCAGAGGUGGAGGAGAGGGAAAUCCUCACUUCCCCCAUCCCUGCGUUGCCGUUCCGCGAGCACAGGGAUCCCUCUGGAGAAAGGCUGGAGUUCAGCGAUGCUGAGGACGCUUUGGACACGUUCCCGAGGGCACAGCAGCUCCUCAGCAGGGACACACGCAGGGCCGUGGCCUUUCAAGAUCCAUUGGACCUUUCAUCCAGCGACUCCGAGCAGGAAUAUUUUGGGAGGAACCCACACCCCCCACUUCCAGCCAGGGCUUCCCACGGCACGAGAUCCAUGGAUGCCGCAGGCACCAGGACAAACGGCAAUGACUCCUCUGUGGAGGGGCAGGGAGAUGGCUGGGGCCAGGGCGUCUCCAGGGAUUCCCGGCGCUCCGUGAUCACCCGGCACCGCCGGGAGAGGCCUGGGAAUUCCCAGACUCCGAGGAGGCGGCGCCGCCGCCCGGGGGAGUCCCAUUUGUUACGGAACAACUUGCUGGGCGACUGGAGGGGCUCCGAGGAGCUCACCCAGAACACCCUGGACAUGGAGUGUCUCCGUUUCCAUUAUAAGCUAAACCAGGUCCUUGGGAAUAGGAAACCACCCUUUUCUACCUCCGAGAGCAUCUUCCCAAGAGACUUUUCCCGGCGGGACCCUCCGGCCCUGCCAUCCGCGCAGGGCAGGAGCCCCUUGCAGGUGACCAUCCCACCCUCGCACACGUGGCCGGGCCGGAGCAGAUCCCGCCGGCAGAGGGGCUGGCACGAGGAGGACACCCCCGGGGACACCAGGGGGAGAUCCCCAUCCCGCUCCCGACCCCCCUUCCACCUCGGGAAGCUCCGCCAGGACGGCCGGCCGCUGGAUUCUCCGGGGGACGUCACCGUCGUCCUGGACGAGUAUUCCGAGUUGCCAAGGGUGGUGCUGAGCAGGGCGGACGCCGGGAAGGAGGGCGGAGGGCACGGAGAGCCCCGGGAUGCGGGGCCAGGCCCGUCCCGGCGCGGGAGGCCGGCGGCCUUCCAGGGCGUGAUCGGGGAGCUGUGCGGGGCCCUGCACUCCCACCUGCGCCGCGUGGCCUCCGAGGCCUCCACGCACCCGGGGAUGUUCUACCUGGUGGAGACGGGCAAGGAGCCGUUCUUCGAGAGGGUGAAGGCCCUGCUGAGGAAGGAGGGUUGGGUGAGGACGGAGCCGUGGAGCUUCUGCGGGGGGAGGCACCGGGCGGGCGACCAACUGCUCGUCAUCAUCCGCAACGAGGACAUCUCCUCCCACAUCCACACUAUCCCGGGAUUGCUGGAGCUGAAGCGCUGUCCCGGCGUGGUGUUUGCCGGGGUGGACAAUCCCGAGGAUGUCACGGGUCACAUGUACCAGGAGCUGUUCCACACCGGGGGCUUCCUGGUGUCCGACCACCACGUGUUGGAAUCCAUGUCUCUGGGCCGGCUGAAGGAGGUGGUGAAGGUGCUGGAGAAGCUCAACAGGAGCGGGAGGUGGAAGUGGCUCCUUCACUACAGGGAGAGCAAGAAGCUCCGAGGAGACCUCAGCUCGGAAUUACCCAUGGGCUGCAUCCCUCAGGGUGUGCCUGCUCUGAGUGGAGCCUUAUCCAUGGGCCACAGCGUCUCCAAGGAUUUAUUCUGCUGUGGCAUAGACUGA